AUGCCUCCGUCGGUGUUGUUACUCAAAGCAGCGGAUGAAAAGUACAAAACUGCUUUUAAACGAAUAAAUGAGUCUCAGCAAGGGAUGGAAGUUCAUUUUGCUGACGUCUUAACGUUUAAGUACCUCAAUACAGUGCAACUUUUAGAUGUAUUGACACACUUGGACCGUUAUUGUGGCAUCUUACUCACGAGUCCACGCAGUGCAAUUGCUGUAGUCAAUGUAGUCAAUGGACUGGACGUAGAAUCGAAACAGGAUGUAUUGGAGAAGCUACGCUCCACUUCCGUGUUUUCAGUGGGUACAGCCACGUCGCGAGAGCUGUUGCCGCUUGGUGUUGUCUGUAAGGGCGACGAUGCCGGCUCGGCGGAUAUGCUGUCUGACUAUUUGCACGAGAAUGGCAGUCUACCUGUAGAUUGCAAGGACAAGCCAAUGAUGUUUCUCUGUGGUAACAAGCGCCGUGAUGUUCUUCCUGACAGUUUUCGGUCUCGAGGUCUUUCACUAGAAGAGUUGAUCGUCUAUCAGACUUGCCCCGUACAGAACGUCGAGUUCCCUGUCAAAGUACCAGAUUGGAUUGUUUUCUUCAGUCCGAGCGGACUAAAAGUGGUGAAAGAUCUGCAUCUACCAUGGAAAUUGAUUCGCAAGGCCGCAAUCGGUAAGACAAGUGCCGCUGCACUCCACGACCACGCAGUAGCUACUGGACAAUCCUUCUGGGAAGCAGACGUGAUAGCACCCAAACCCAAGCCAGAGUCUCUGGCUGAUGCCAUCUUCACCUUUCAAGACAACCACAAGUUGUGA